AAGACGCGGCCGCAAGGCAGGCAGACAGACCACGCCGCACGCCCUGCUUGAGCCGCGGCGCGCUCCGGCAUUUCUCCUCUUCCUCCCGCCGCUCCGCCCGCCUCUGCCGCCGCCGACCCACCCGCCUCCUGCCUCUCGUCUCGCGGACUCCGCGGCUGGUGCUGCCUCCACACGUCUUCCGCGCGGGGGCUGCUGCCGCGACCAUGGCCACCGGCGCCGUCACGCCGCCGCCGCCGCCGCCGGCGGCCGGCGCGCGGCGCGGCGUCCGUGCCCGGGGGAUCCUCCACCGGCGCCUCGCCGCCUCGUCUAUGAAAGAUGAAUCUGUGAUUUCCACAAAUGGCGGAAAUGAGGAAAUGGUCACUGAUAGCCUCAAUGUUGCCAGAGGAUUGUCUCACCCGGGUCUUUCAUCAAGUUUAUCCAAUAAGGCAUCUGUGGUCCCAACUCCUUUGCUUCCUAACGAACCAUCUGACCUCCGGUUCAAUCGCCUUCGACCCUCAAUUGAUGAAAGCAAAUACAAAAGACUAUUUGACUGCUAUGUUGCUCGUGAGGCUGUAAUUGAUGAGGAAUACUGGAUUGCUGCAUGGUUGAGAGCAGAAGAUCACUUUGAAGGUCAGUCAGGAAACCGCUAUGUUGAAAGCUUUAAAAGAAAGUUUGCAUCUCAGGAAUUUCAUGCAUUAAAGAAGCGAUGCAGCAAACAGCAUGGAGAAAAGUAUAUAUGUUUUGUCGCGGUAAAGAAUGAUGACCUCAGGCGAACUGUCCUGAAUAGCGUUGUUGGUACCUUAGAUGUAUGUGUAAGGCAUCCUCUACAUGGGGAGAAAUUUCCUGAGGAGCCUGGAAGGUCGUCUCUUCAUUGUAGAAUCUAUCAGCCGGAUCAGCCAAAAUUUGGGUAUUUAACUAAUGUAUGUGUUGCUAAAUAUGCAAGGCGUCAAGGGAUUGCCAGUAACAUGUUGUUAUUGGCCAUAGAUGCUGCAAGAAUCAAUGGUGCUGAAAAUAUUUACAUUCAUGUGCAUAAAGAUAACUUACCAGCGUGGAGGCUCUAUAAUCAGAUAGGAUUCAAGAUGGUUGACCAGGAUGGUGCCCGUCAUUCAUCAGAUCUGUGCUUACUCACCUUCGGUUCGUAGGGCUAGCUGACUAGGAUAGGAGAAGGGACAUGCUUCCUUGUUCCAUCUCCCUGUGCAGAGAAAUGCCACCAGUCCUCAGCGAUUUGGAAAAGCAAGAGGGUGUGUGCCAAGGAAUACCUUUACAAUCUUGUACAUGAUGAAAUUUGUUUUCAUAAGUUUGUGAGUUCUGAGGUCGUCACUAGCCCGGUGACAGUUCUGAUGCCCCGGAAUGUUGUGGUAUCUGAAUGCUUCAAAAGCUUCUGUCAUUGUAUAGUUUGUGAAUCCUACAAAUGUUUGUUGGUUGUUCCCGCCAUUCUGCAAUGAAUUCAUACUCUUGAGCAUCUUAUACUGGAACUAAUGCUCUUGUUGCUGAUGAUACAA